CUGAUAUCAAAGUUGAAUAGAUGUUCACGUUCUGUGUAAGUGUCAUUAAUGAUCUUUACCAAACUGGAAAACAUUUAGAUUUCGUAUUUCUAUGAUUUUAAUUAAAUUAUCACCACUUCUCAGCUCAACUUCUUUUCCAAUUUGCACAUUUUUCACCAUGCCAACAACUACCGUGAAAAUGUGCUACAUUGUACCUUGGAGGUCUUUGCUUAGUGAGAGCUCACUACUGGACAGAGACAUUGAACUAGCCAAUUAUUCCUGAUCUCUGAGGAAGUACAACUGCGUUUGCUUCCCCAAUGGCCACUGGUACAAGUCUGCGUCAGAUCAGCAAGAGUACUGACGAGGGCUUCAAAAGACAACAAUCUCACAUGGAGCCCUCAUUCAGCAGCAAACUCUCAGUCUCAAAGGCCAGCUUCCACAGUAUGAAGAGUGAGCCUGACUAUGGUCAGAAGGUUUCUCCACAGAAGCCGGUGAAGUCUUUGAGCAAGAAUUUCAAUAUGAGUUCCUAUUUCCACAGUUCUUCAUUAAGUGGCGCUAGCAAAUCAGAUAGUGAUGCAUUUGGAAGCUUAAGCAACCGCGCUCUUCGGAGAAGGAUGUCUAGACACAUGUCUUGCAUGCUACCCAUAAAACCGUUGGUGGUGAGAGCUCGGUUCACCAAAGAGGAGUUGAGGGACAAACUACGCUAUGCCAUUAGAAUGAUUCGGUUGUUUGUGAGGCUCCACCUUGCUCUCAAGAUGUACUCGCGUGAGAUGGACAAGGACUCAGUGCAGACUCUAGAUCAGCUGAACUACUAUUCUAUGGAAUCUGAGUUCACCACAGAGACGCUUGUGUUCACCAAGAGCUACUUCUCUGCUUCCAAUGUGGUGUACAUGCCAGUGUGGGCCCGGACACUGCUAGCCACCAGCUCCAAGGAACGCUCUCAAACUGACAUCACUCGAAUGGCAUCACUCAUACGACGACUCUUCAGCAAGUCACUUCAAGAGGACAACCUUCUCUACCUCUGCAAGCACUGUGCUUACACAAGGUACGAAAAGAAGCGAGUCCUGAUUCGCACUGGUCAUCGUCCUCUUUUUUGCUAUGUUAUUUUCUCCGGGUCUGUUUUCGUCAACAUUGAGCACGAGGACAAGAGCACUGGGAAGAAGUACUCGCGCACAGCGAUAGUGCUAAAGAAAGGAGCUGUGUUUGGGGAGACAGGUGUCAUUCACAACGUGCCUCGUAACGCCACCAUUGUUAGCCGGGAGAAUGUGGAGUGUCUCUUGGUACCACCGGACGUGUGCAAGAGAGUCUUCCCCGUGGAGAUUGACUCGGAGUACACAUACAGACUCGCCAACAUGAGGCAAUCUGACUUGUUUGCUGGUUGGCCGGAGGAAGCUAUACAACAGUUGUGUGGAGACACCAGAGUAAGAGAGUACUCUUAUGAUGAAGUUAUUGACAAGAAUGCAAGAGAUUCCGAGUUCAUCUACAUGGUUGUUAAGGGUCGUGUGGAGCUCAUGGCUUACGUGGAUAUGUCCGACGAUAGCUGUCAGCAGUCAGUAUCAGAGCACUCCUUUCUCCCACCCAUACCAGUGCCACGCCCACAAUCAUUGCUAAGCAACGGCAGAAACUCGUCGGUGCAGGCUAGGGACCGUAUGGUUGUCUCUAUUGAUUUUCUUUAUCCUCACCAGACCUGUGACCUCCUAUCACUACUCAAGCCCAACAGAUUUACAACUCCACUGAUCCUCGUUAGUCGGGGGGCAGAGAUCAUCCGCUAUUCAAAGCUCCGUCUUAAGACCACACCCCCUCUCAGAUGCUGGAAAUUGAUUCUGGAGAAAGCAAAAUUGUCUCCAACGUAUCCGGGCAACAAGGUACUCUCUAGAUUGUGUAUAGAGUAUCGGCAAUGGUCUGCAUAUAAGAGGCUGGUUCUCUGGGACACACUGGACAGCUCCUGCGGCCGUUUCAAUGCAAUGAAGCCAGAGACGAACAAAACAGCUGUCAGACAGUUCUCAAAGAAGAAGGUCGACGAGGAUAAAGGCGACACCUUCACUGUGGAGAGCCUUAGGACUUGUCUGCAAAAUGAGGCACCAUUGCACGAUCUUAUGAUGCACAGUCACAAAGGAAUGUGCAUUCAAAACUGGAACUGCUUCAGUAAAGAUGGCUGCAAACCAAACCUCAACACUCAUAGCAGGUCCCUCUCAACUAGCUAGCUGUAGAAUCAAUUUCCUCGUCCAAAACUCAAUUCAGUCAAUAAUGAUAAAAUUAUAUAGUUUUGUGUAUUUGAAUUUCACAUAUACUUAUUGAAA